AUGCACGUUCUUAUCGUCGGUGGGGGCCUUGGUGGUCUUGCCUUGGCCCAAUGUCUUCGCAAGCAGGGCAUCUCAUUUGAGAUCUUUGAGCGCGACGCAGAUGAGAAUUCGCGUUUCCAAGGAUGGGCCAUUGCUCUGCACUCUAUCCUCGAUGAGCUGGCAGAAGCGUUUCCAGAUGAUGUACCCGGGCUGGCCGAGUCCACAAACCAUCUCCUCCCUCUGAAGCUCAAUGCUCAGAUUGGACUAUACUUUCCCGGCAGAGAUGAUCGACUCGGUGUUGAGGACACGCCGGAAAUGCCGAUUGUACGCGCAGAACGCAUGCGCCUGCGGAGAACUCUUGCGACCAAUUUACCUAUCCAAUGGGGCAAGCGUGUAAGCCGCAUCGUCCACGAUGAUCAUGGCGUCGAGGCCUUCUUUGAAGAUGGGACGAGCGCCAAGGGAGACAUUCUCGUUGGAGCCGAUGGAAUCAACAGUUCUGUGCGAACACACCUAUUGGGAAAGCCAGGUAGCGAACUCUUGAAGAUUGUGGACCUGGCUGCUAUUGUCGGCGAGGUCACAUUGGAGGGCGGCGCAUUCAAACGCCAACUGGAGCUCGGCCACAGCGCCUACAUCUACCAAGAUCCUCGACUUGGCUUCAUGAACUUCUGCGGGCUUCACCACACGCUGCCGAAUGGAAUCUCAGGCCGCCAUUACUGGAWGUUCAUGCAGCCAGAUACUGAAAUCGCGAAGCCAGAUCAUUGGCUCCAAACCGCAACGCAGCAAGAGAAGCUCGAUCACGUCUUGAAGGCCGCCUCUGUAAUGCCACCCAAGUUCCGGGAGCUGUUCGAACUGACUCCGGCGUCUGGGAUCAAGAAAGAGCCGCACUUGUGGAAGGUUUUGGAGAUGGACAACGAGAUUGGCACACUCCCUGCCGAGCGUGUCAUCAUCAUCGGCGAUGCGGUUCAUCCCAUGACUCCCUUCCGUGGCGAGGGUGGAUACCACACGCUCGUCGACGCGAUGCUGCUGUCAAGGACGCUGGGCAAGGUCCAGGGCCAGGACUUUGCAACCAUGAAGGCGGCAAUUGCCGACUUCAACGCCGAAAUGGUCGAGCGUGGGUCUGAUGCGGUGAGGACCUCGCGAAGCGUGCAGUCUUCCCAGAAGAGCAAGGAAGGACAGUCGAAGUAUGUAUCUGCCAGGCAAGACGCGAAGCCCUUGCCAUGGGAGAACAUUGAGCUGGUCGAGAUCAAGGCCUAG